UCAGACAGGUGUAGCCUGUGUGUGGAUGGGGGUGUCUACCCAAGGGAACCAAGAAUAUGGGUGUGGUCCUUGGGCAGGGCAGGCAGGCCUGGUAGUGGUGGGCAGCCUACCUGGUCAUCUGGUGGGUAUGGCCUGUGACUAGGCAGAGGGUGUCUGCCUGACAGAGCUGGGGCAAGGGAUGCAGGUGACUGGCUCACCUGAUUUGAUUUUCUAGCAGGUGUAGCCUAUGGUUUGGCAGCCCACAUCCUUUAUUUAAUAUUAAGUUUCGUAAUACUAAGUUUUGUUGUUUUCAUUUAUAUAUGAGUUCGUCUGUAUGUAUGCUCCAUGUGUGCUGGUGCCUGCAGAGGCCAGAGGAGGGCAUCAUAUCCCCUGGAGUUGGUAUUGAGGUGGUGGUGAAUGUCUGGCGUGGGUGAUGGGAACUGAACUCCAGUCCUCUGGAGGAGCAGGAAAUGCUCUUAAUCCUUGAGUGUCUCUCACCCCUCCAAUUGUUUAUCACUAAAAGAAAUGUUUAUGAGACGAGUGUUUGGUCAGCACGUGUGUCAGAGCAUCACUGGUGUGCCUGGCACCUGAGGGAUGUAGAAGGUGUGAGAGUCUCCUGGAAUGCAGUUUCAGACAGUUGUGAUCUGCCAUGUGGGUACUGGGAAUUGAACCCUGGUCCUCUGGAAGAGCAGUGAACAUUCUUAAGCCACCUCUCUGGUUCCCAUGGGAGGAGAAUAAUAUCUGCAGCAGUUAUAACAACAACAACAACAACAACAAUAAUGUGUCCUGGGUCAUUCUAGGUACUGGUAAUUCGUGUCUUUGUUGCUCGAUUUUUAGAUUUUUGUUGGUUGGGCAAGGUCUUGCCACAUAGCCAGGCUGACCUGGAACUUGUGGAUCCUGCUGUAGCCUGUCAGGUACUACUACACCACCACACCCAGCUGCUCUCCCUUUUUCCUGGCCAGUUUGGUUAGAGUUUUAUUGAUGUUACUGAUUUUUCUUAGGAGUCGCUUUGGUUCUGUUGCAUUUCUCCAUCUUUCCUGUUUGAGAUUGGUUUCUGCUUGUCCUAGGGCUUGCUCUGAGUUUUAAAAGCACUCAAGGUUAGGGUGGGAACUGGAGUGCGAAUGACCUAAGGUCAUUAACUGAAAACUAUUUAGCAUCUGGUGUGGUAUCUCAUUCAUGCCAUCCCUGCAUUUGGUAGCUUGAGGCAGGAGGAUCAUGAAUUUGAGGUUAGCCUAGGCUAGAUGAUGAGACCCUAUCUCAAAAAGUAAAUAAAGAAAAGGAGCAGGUGGUCUGAAACUCUCUUAAUUGCUUCUUUUUAAGGUUUAUUUAUUUCAUGUAUGCAAGUUCACUGUCAUUGUCUUCAGACACACCAGAAGAGGGCAUCGGAUCUCUUUACAGAUGGUUGUGAGCCACCAUGUGGUUGCUGGGAAUUGAACUCAGGACCUCUGGAAGAGCAGUCAGUGCUCUUAACCUCUGAGCCAUCUCUCCAGCCCCCUCUUAAUUGCUUUAGUUGCUCAUUGUUACUUAAUUGCUGGGAGCUGUUUUAAGGAUCCAGUCAAGGCCUCAAGCACACUAAGAAUUCUUUGUUCUGUUAGUGUUUUGUUACAGUGGCGAAUGCCUGAGAGAAACAAGUCAAAAGAGGAGAUUUAUGGUGGCCCCUGGUUUCAGUAAACGGCCCCUUGAUCCCAUCUUUUUAAAUCUAAGGUGACAUUGAACAUCUCCAGUGGGAUGCGUGUUACAGUCUGCUUAUCUCUUCUCACUUACUGGCAACCAGGAAGCAGGAAGACAGGAAGGGGCUGGAGACAAGGUUUAUCUCCUGGGGCGCGCCUUGGCAACCUGCUUCCUCUUAAGUCCCACCCCCUAUUUUUCACUAAGGCCACCAGGAAAGCCCACUGGGGAUUAAUCUGUAGAUGAAGGAGGGGCCCUCAUGAUUCACCCACUUGUCAGUGAUUGGAAGGGGGAGGGGAGUGCGUGGCGGGGGUGCGGCUGAGCCUUUGAUUCAGGAGCUCACCUCUUCCCAGACCUUGACAGACAGCCACAGGGCUAUAUGCCAAGCCGUUCGUGUUUUUCCUUUUUCCCUUGUAAUUUCCAUCUUUGCAGAAGUUCCUUAUUUCAUCAUUCAUAUUUGCCGUUUACAUUAAAGCUAGUGUGGGAGUCAUAGUUGCUUUAAAUUACUGACAGCCUCAGGAGUUGGGGGUUCUGGCUUCUGUUUUGUCUCUUGAUGGUAGGCUGUCUUCUUUAUUCUUUUCUUUGAGACAGGAUUUUUUUUGUGUAGACCAGGCUGGCCUUGAACUCAUAAGAGAGCUGCCUGCUUCUGCCUCCUGAGCAUGCAGCACCACCACCUGGCAGACGGGAUUCCUGCCUUUCUGUAUGUGCGUCUCUUCAUGGUGCAAAGCAGUUGUGCCUUUGUGCUUCUGUGCCUUUACCCCAACCCAGAAAAUGAUGGGGUCCCAGGUCAGGGAACCAGUGUGAGAAUUCUGCCAACUUCUAAGUACAUGCAUCCCGAUUACACAUUCUGGAACUGGAGAGACCAGAGGAUGAGUGUGGGGACCCAGUCGGACUUCAACCAAGCCGCCAUGAGUCAUCUGGCCUCUGGGUCCGUUUCAUUCACUGAUGUGACUGUGGACUUCUCCCAAGAGGAGUGGGAGCAGCUGGACCCCUCCCAGAGGAUUCUCUACAUGGAUGUGAUGUUGGAGAACUACAGCAACUUACUUUCAGUGGUGUGGAAGGCUGAUGACCAGGUGGAAAAGGACCCCAGAGAACCGGAUAAGCAGGCACCAUCACUUACAACCCCCAAGAACCAACCACCAACUGAAGAAAGAGGCAGUCUCUUUGGAAAGAGAUUGAAUCUGAACACAGACUUGGUUUCGUUACGACAAGUUCCCUAUAAGUACUAUUUAUAUGGGAAAACCUUGAUGUACAAUUCAGACCUGCUCAGCAGUAGGAGCUGUGUAGUAGAGAAAGGAGACGAGUGUGGUGGACUUGGGGAACCACUUCUGUACCUGAAACAAGAGAAGCCCCAUGCUGGGCUUCAGUACUCAGAAUAUAACGGAAAUGGAAGGUCUCUCAGCCAUACGGACGCCAUCUUUAAACAUCAGAAAAUUAAGAGCUUGGUUCAGCCUUUUGUCUGUAAUUACUGUGACAAGGCCUUCUCCUUCAAGUCCCUGCUUGUAAGUCACAAGAGGAUCCACACGGGAGAAAAGCCCUACGAGUGCAAUGUAUGCCAAAAAACCUUCUCCCAUAAGGCAAACCUCAUCAAGCACCAGAGGAUUCACACUGGAGAGAAACCCUUUGAGUGUCCCGAGUGCGGGAAAGCAUUUACCCACCAGUCAAACCUCAUCGUGCACCAGAGAGCACACAUGGCGAAGAAGCCCUAUGGAUGCAAUGAAUGUGGAAAGACAUUUGCUCAGAAGUUUGAGCUCACCACACACCAGAGAAUUCACACAGGAGAGCGGCCCUAUGAGUGUAACGAAUGCGCAAAAACCUUCUUUAAGAAAUCAAACCUCAUCAUACAUCAGAAAAUUCACACAGGGGAGAAACGCUACGAGUGCAGUGAGUGUGGGAAGUCGUUCAUCCAGAACUCCCAGCUCAUCAUCCACAGGAGAACGCACACUGGGGAGAAGCCCUAUGAGUGCACGGAGUGUGGCAAGACGUUCAGCCAGAGGUCAACGCUCAGGCUACACCUGAGAAUCCAUACGGGAGAGAAACCCUACGAGUGUGCAGAGUGUGGGAAAGCCUUCAGCAGGAAGUCUCGCCUCAGCGUCCACCAGAGGGUUCACAUGGGAUAGUCCUGAGGUCACAGGCAAACUGCUGCAGAAAACCAUCAAGCCAGAAUUCUGGUGAGGGGGAAGCCCUCAUGAAGAUACUGAAGGAACUUGGGAAAUUCUAUUUAGAUGUAAUCGAACUCAAAAACUGUAGAAAGGGUACCUAAGAAUAUUAUACUAAGGCCUGGAGAGAUGGCUCAGUGGUUAAGAGCUCUGGCUGCUCUUCCAGAGGCCCUGAGUUCAAAUCCCAAUAACCACAUGGUGGCUCACAACGAACUGUAAUGGGAUCCGAUGCCUUCUUCUGGUGUGUCUGAAGAGAGAGACUCAUAUACAUAAAAUAAAUAAUUCUUUUUACAAAAUA